AAGAUAGAAUUUUUUUUGGUUUUCGACACACUAAGAUAGAUUUAAUUUCAACUCCUUUCAUCUUUUUUACUCAGCGAGCUUCUGAAGAACUGUGAUUCAUCGCCUUUGAUCAGUCCCUGGAGAAUGGCUACAGCCACGUAUCCACCUCCUCCUCCGUAUUACAGACUCUACAAGGAUUACUCAGAAAACCCUAGCUCUGCUCCUGAACCUCCUCCUCCUGUUGAAGGAACCUACGUUUGUUUCGGAGGCAAUUACACUACCGAGGAUGUUCUUCCGAGCCUAGAAGAGCAAGGAGUGCCUCAGCUUUAUCCCAAAGAUUCAAAUGUUGAUUACAAGAAAGAACUCCGUUCUCUUAAUAGAGAACUACAGUUACAUAUAUUGGAGCUAGCCGAUGUUCUUGUUGAGAGACCUUCUCAAUAUGCAAAGAGAAUUGGUGAAAUAUCUUCAAUCUUCAAGAAUUUGCAUCACCUUCUCAAUUCCUUGAGACCUCACCAAGCGAGAGCAACACUUAUUCACAUUAUGGAACUUCAAAUUCAGCAGCGAAAACAAGCCGUGGAGGACAUUAAGAGGAGGAGAGAAGAAGCACAACGACUUCUUAAGGAUGCUUUCGUCACUUUAGAUGGACAAUAAAGGUUUUCUACCCAUUUUGUGUAACACCUGUUUGCUAGGAUUUUUGAUUUUCUCUUUGGUUUGUGAUAUAUUUGCGUUGCUCUUUUGAUUUUCUGAAAUAAAAUAUUUUAAAUUUGCAAAAUAUUGUCUGUGAAAAGGAAAAAAC